AAUGUCAAUUUUUUGUUAUGUCAAACAUGGAGUUUUCUUUUAUAUUGUGAUUUGUUUUAUUUUCGAGGACAAACCUUAGACAAACACAUGUUUCAAGUACCAUAUAUGACUACAUCGUAAUCUGCCCAUUGGACAUCACGAGUUUACAACCUAUUUAUAAUUGAUCAAUCCCAUGGCAGAAUCUUCCAAUCAAGGGUCGAAUAUAGUUAUCGAAGAAAAAAAUAAUUUUCGUCCUAACGAAGCAGAAGAAUGUCGAAUUUGUUUAAGCAAUUUCGGAGAUUUACCUAUUUACGGAGACGAAAUCAGCCCAGAUGUCUCCCUGGAAGUGAUGACUUUUGGAGUAAUACAGGUGGAUCCUCUCGAUCCAUUUCCAAAGUUUAUGUGUGAAGACUGUUUCAGGUUGUUAGAAAGUGCGAUAUCUUUCCGAAAACUAGCUAAACGAUCCGAUAGAAUACUAAAACGUCAAAAAUGGAGGAGGAAGCGAAAGAAAUCUGGUGAUAAAACAGACAAAAGCAAAGCAUUUAAAAUGAAGUCUGAUGAUGGAGAUAUUCGAGAAAUAAAUUCUCAAAACAUAAACUUUGUGGCCCUUCCUGAAAAUGCCAAUGCAGAGGAGUCUUAUGGUGAAGAUGAUUCCAUCCCAUUAAGCCAUUUAGUACCCAACAGCAACACUAUGUAUGUUGAGAGUGUAACAUUUGAUAAAGCCACAUUCAGUGGUACAACUUAUGAUAAUGAUGAAGCACAUGUCAAAAAAGCUCAAAUAAAUAAUUUUUAUGUAACUGAAGUACAAGACGAUACAGCUUAUAACAAUGAAGGCCAAAGCAAUAUAGCCUAUAUAAAUGAAUUUGAAAAUUAUGUGGACUUUAAAAAUGAGACCGAGGUUAAUAAUGUAGCCUAUCACAUUGAUGUCCAAAGUGAUGUAAUAUAUCAUAUUGAUAAUCCUAACAACCAAGCUCUUCAACAUGAUUCUGAAAAUAAUGAGACACUAAGCAAAAAAGCAAAUGAUCAGGUUGUAGAACAUGAAGAUGUAGAAGUACUUAAAGAUAUUGACAAAGAGGUGCUUGGGAGUAAUGAGAAAGCAAUAACUGUGAGUGAAGACAAAGGAAUACUUAGUGGUGAUUGCAUAGAAGUACUUGAAAGCACUGGAAUUGAUGAUAAUGACAGUGAUGCAAUGAUGCUGAUUGUGUCUGAUGAUAAAAGUAAGCCAGACAGUUACAGCUGCAAACUAUGCAACUUGAUUUUUCCAAGUUCAGAAGAAUAUGAAGAACACCGUUUAACAAUUGAUCACAAGAGGAAUUACAUCAUGAGCUUCCUGCCAAAGAAGCCAAAGUCUGCAGAGAAAAAAGAAACAGUAUAUCCUAAAGACAGGAAAUGUGACAUAUGCAACAGAGUCUUCACCAAAUUGCAUUAUCCUAGACAUAUGUUUACUCAACACAAAAUCAAGAUAGAUACAGCGCGGUCAGGAACUAAAAAGGAAUGUCCAAUAUGUAAACAGUUCCUCCAUCCAUUAGCAUUGAACCGCCACAUCAAAUCAAAACAUAACACUGACCCAGGCCCAAUACCUAAAGUUAAAAUAGAAUGUCCAGUAUGUCACAAAAUGUUUUCUAAAGACUUCUACCCAUUGCACAUGCAAAAACAUGAAGAUGAAACCAAGAAUUUCAUUUGUGAUCAAUGUGGCAAGAAAUUCUUUUACAAAUCCACAUUUUACACUCAUCGUUUGGUUCAUUCAAAUGAGCUACCACACAAGUGUGACUACUGUCCAUACAAGGGACGUACCAAAGGGCUCCUCAAGACUCAUGUACGCACUCAUACUGGAGACUACCCGUACCAGUGUACACAGUGUGAUACCCGCUGUCUCACUAAAAGCAAUCUCAAUGCACAUUUACAACGUCAUAGAGGCCCAAUUGACUUCAUCUGCGAUACCUGUAACAGAGGGUUUUACACCAAAAUUCAGCUAGAGAGACACAUUUUGGUCAUUCACCUAGGCAUCAAAAACCAUAUCUGCAACUUGUGUGGCUUGGCAUUUGGAUAUCGACAUGGGCUUAUGAGUCACCAACUAAAUGUUCACAAACGGGCUAAGGGAGUUGGUAAAGCAAGAGCUGUGUAUUUGAGACUUGAGGAGCAAGGGUUGAAACUGUCACAACAGUCAGAACAAGAAAAUGUAAAUGUUACAGUCAACCCUCCGGAACAGACAACUUAAAUUAUGAUGUAUACAUAUAUAAGUAAUCCUUCUUGUACCUCCUCUCUUCCAAUGAACUCCACUAAGUGUCAACAUUUUUAAAAUUUAUUAUUAUAAUUCAUUAAGCAUCUGUUUAAAAAGCGAGUGCUGAUCAAAAAACCCGUCUGCCUUAAGACUAAUAAUUAUAUAAUUUAUAGUAUUUAAUCUAUUUUAUUGAUUAUAUUGAUGUACUAUUGUAAUUCAAUGUGAAUAAAAACUAUUUGAAUUUU